ACCCACCCCCCUUUUAAAAUAUAUAGACCAAAAUUAAUCCUCUUUCCAUCAGGGAAGGAGGAGGGAGCUGCUGCUGGACCAGAGCUUGGGCAUUCUCGCCCGCAUCCUCGCCUGCAUCCCUCCUCCCCAGUGAGCAGCAUCUUUGCCUUGCAGUGGUCCUCUCUCUCUCCCUCUCUCUCUCUCUUGCCUUCUCCUUCUGGUGGGCGGGGCCUGGUAUGCAAAUGAGGCCCAGAAGUGGGGCGGACGCAGCCCGGGACACCAGCUUUGGACUCUGCCUGCGCCCCUUUUGCUGAAGAGCCCCCCCAAAAAAGGGAAAGGCUAAAGCCGGGAUCCAUCCCAAGCCUGUCUCUCUCUCUCUUGGAGAGAGAACAAGGCUUUGCGCUCUCCCCGUCCCCCCUCCCCUUAUAAGAAGGGCUCAGGUCUUCUGGAGGAGAGGGUCUGCUGUUUAAGUCCCCCCCCCCCAUUUCCUUCUGAAAGAUGCAAGUUUCCAUCGCGUGCACGGAGCAGAACCUGCGAAGCCGCAGCAGCGAUGACCGGCUUUGCGGCGGAGGAGGCGGCGGAGGAGGGGGAGGGGGCUCCCGGGCCCAGGGGGGCGGGCAAGGCAACGGGGGGUACCAGCCCCCCGGGGGGAAGGGGCCCCGCUUGGCCCUGGGCAGCCGGGGCCCCAACCAGCACCUGCCCCACAUCGCCUUCCUCCUCCGCGAGUCCACCGGCAGGGCCACCGGCAUGAACUACAGGAACCUGGGCAAAUCAGGACUUCGUGUUUCCUGUCUUGGGCUUGGCACAUGGGUGACCUUCGGAUCACAGAUUUCAGACGAGAUGGCAGAGAAUGUGCUCACCAUCGCUUAUGAAAACGGAGUCAACCUCUUUGACACGGCUGAGGUCUACGCUUCUGGAAAAGCGGAAAAAACUUUGGGGAACAUUCUGAAGAGCAAAGGAUGGAGGCGUUCAAGCUAUGUCGUCACCACAAAGAUUUACUGGGGAGGCCAGGCCGAGACCGAAAGGGGUUUGUCGCGGAAACACAUUAUCGAAGGACUCAAAGGCUCUCUGCAGCGGCUUCAGCUGGAAUACGUCGACAUUGUGUUUGCCAACCGGAUGGACGCCAACAGCCCCAUGGAAGAAUGCGACCCGAAUUUCCGAUUGCUCUUGCUGGAAGAGAUCGUCCGCGCCAUGACUUACGUGAUCAACCAAGGCAUGGCUAUGUACUGGGGCACCUCUCGGUGGAGCGCAAUGGAGAUCAUGGAGGCCUAUUCGGUGGCACGGCAAUUCAACCUCAUCCCGCCUGUCUGCGAACAAGCGGAGUAUCACAUGUUCCAGCGGGAGAAAGUGGAGACGCAGCUGCCGGAUCUGUACCACAAAAUCGGAGUGGGAGCCAUAACCUGGUCCCCUUUGGCCUGCGGACUGAUUACCGGGAAAUACGAGGACAGAGUCCCCGAAAACUGCCGCGCUGCCAUGAAGGGUUACCAAUGGCUGAAGGAGAAGCUUCAGAGCGAAGACGGGAAGAAGCAGCAGGCCAAAGUGAAGGAGCUGCACCCCAUCGCAGAGCGCCUGGGUUGCACCGUGGCACAACUAGCUAUCGCUUGGUGCCUCCGCUCCGAAGGAGUCAGUUCUGUCCUGCUUGGGGUCUCCAGCGCCGAUCAACUCAUUGAGAACUUGGGGUCAAUUCAGGUGUUGUCCCAACUGACGCCGCAAGUGGUCCAGGAGAUUGACGCGCUCCUGGGCAACAAGCCCAAUGCCAAAAAGGAGUCCCGGGCGUAGGGGCACGUUGGCGCCCGGGGCUGUGCACGCUCUUGUCCCGACAGACUGCAGAUCCCAUCGCUCCGCCGUGGGGGGGGGGGGAGGCUGCCGUGAGCCCCCCACCCCUGGCCCGCCCUCCGCCCGCUCCCCGCCGGCCGCUGCCUCUUAGAUCCGUGGGGCUGGGCGCCUCGGAGCCGCUUUUGCGCAUGAACCAAAUAUCCGUAUACUUCCAACGGUGGAUGGCGUGGGGCGUUCGGGGCCCCUUCUGCCCCACAGCAGCUGCUUAGAUAAUACAAUACAACUAUAUGGCAUGAGCAACACUCCGCUAUGGGAUCGGCGGGUGGGAGGCACCGCCACCUGCUAUAAGGCCGGGAUCUUAUGGCCGCUUUUGCCUCUCUAGUUUUCUCCAUAUCAAUAGAUCUAAUUUUUUGGGGAGGGUGUUUCCUUUUCAAAGAUGGGACAAGGGGUGUAUCUACCCAGGCAUGGGCCAACUUGGGCCCACCAGGUGUUUUGGACUUCAACUCCCACCAUUCCUAACAGCCGGUAGGCUGUUAGGAAUGGUGGGAAUUGAAGUCCAAAACACCUGGUGGGCCCAAGUUGGCCGAGGCCUGGUCUACACUGUGGAAGGGAUGCGGUUUGAUACCCAGGAUCUUGUAGUAUUGAGCCAUAGGUGUCAAAGCGGCUUUGAACUGCAUUAAUUCUACAGUGUGGAUGCACCCAAGGCGUGGAGUGAAGUGGAAAGAUAAGCACACACCUUGAUAGCGAAAAGAGCCUGGUAAGGAGAACCUUCGGGCAUCGUUACAGUGCCGGUGGUUGUUAUUCCAUUUCAUGCCAUCCUUCCAUCUUUCGGUUGGUUUUUUGCGAUCGUUUCGUGUCAUCUUCCACCUUUUCUGUUUUGCAACAGUGCCAGUACAAAAAAAAAAAAGCACAAGGGUCUAAGUUAGCAAGCAGGAAGGGUCACCUGCAAGACACUUAAAAGCACAAGGCCAGUCCGGGAUGCAGGGCAAAACAAAGGGGUGGAUCCCCACUGCACAAUGGAAGCAGUUUAAACCCACUUUAAAUGGUGCCCUGGUGCUGGGAUAUGUAGAUUGGGAGGGAAUCAGCUGCUAAGGCAGGCAUGGGCAAACUUGGGCCCUCCAGGUGUUUUGGACUUCAACUCCCACAAUUCCUAACAGCCUACCGGCUGUUAGGAAUUGUGGGAGUUGAAGUCCAAAACACCUGGAGGGCCCAAGUUGGCCAAUGCCUGUGCUGAAGAGUCCCACUAUCAUCUCCUUGGAGUGUUUUGAUUUAACCUUUAGUCCUUUGGGAACUAUACUCAUAGGGAGUGGACUAUAAAUCCCAGGGCCUUGGUGGUUAACGUGGGCUCAAAGACUAUUUAUGCCAUAUGGAUUCACCAUCGGAGAGAACAAGAAGGUGUCCCCAAAAGUCACCAUACCUAGGGGAAAUGGGAGCCGAACGUACCGUUAUUUACAAAAAUAUUCUCUGUGUGUUGUAUAUCUGAAAAUGUAAUAUAUAUAUAUAUAUAAAUAUUAAAAAUAAUAAAAUAUAAUAAUGAGUUUGUUCCUUCUAUAUCUAUGUAUGGAGACUUUUGGGGAUACUCAGUACUUCUAACAAGCUGAAGCGAGAUGGGGGUUUAAACUGAAGGACUUAAUAAUAAUAAUAAUAAUAAUAAUAAUAAUAAUAAUAAUAAUAAUAAUAAUAAUAACAAUAAUAAUACUUUAUUUUUCUAUCCCACCACCAUCUCCCCGAAGGGACUCGGGGUGGCUAACAUGGGCCAAGCCCAAAACAGAGACAAAAUAUAACAAAUUAAAACAAGUAGGAAUAACUAAAAACAGUGUGAACACAACAAUAAAAUAAAAUAAACAAUUAAAUAAUUGAAUUACAAGUAAAACAGGCUUUGACUUGAUUGGAAACAUUAUUGUUUGGAUUGCAUCUCCCAUUGGUCAUUGGCUGGGGGAUUCUGGGGACGAUAGUCCAACAAAAGAGCCAGCCUUUUUCUAUGUGGAUAUUUGCCCUUCCCUUUGGAGAUAAAUGUUGACAUAAUUUGAUGUCCCAUUCCCAUCUCCCACUAGCGACCAAAGAAAGAGGAAAAUCCUCCAAAUCCUAGCAUCCCCUGCUUUGGAGUUGUCCUGGUUGGAGAUGAUGGUGGUUGCAAUACAACUCAUCUAACAAGUGGUUCAAGAGUGGGGGGAAAUGACCAAAAAUAAGAAAAAUGUGUCAUUUCUGCCAUUCUGUGUGAUUCCUGAUAUAUUUAGCUUUGGAUAAUGUUUUAUAUAAUUUGCAGUAAUGCUGUUAUCGAAGGCUUUCACUGGGUUAGCUGUGAGUUUUUCCGGGCUGUCUGGCCAUGUUCCAGAAGCAUUCUCUCCUGAUGUUUCGCCCACAUCUAUGGCAGGCAUCCUCAGAGGUUGUGAGGUCUGUUGGAAACUAGGCAGGUGAGGUUUAUAAAUCUGUGGAAUAAUGUACAGGUGGGAGAAAGAACUCUUCCCCCAGGCAGGAAGCAGGCAGGAUUUGAAGCUGCGAGGCUAUUCAAUGUUAAUCAAGGUAGCCAGUUACAACAUUCACACUUGCCUCAAGCAGAAAAGAGUUCUUUCUCCCACCCUAUCUGUGGAAGGUCCAGGAUGGAAGAACUCUUGUCUGUUGGAAGCAAGUUUGACUAGUGAAAUUGCCAAAAUCUAUUGCAUGUACAAAAUCUCUUUAAAAAUCCUCUAGAAUCAUAGAAUAGUAGAGUUGGAAGAGACCUCAUGGGCCAUCCAGUCCAACCCCCUUCUAAGAAGCAGGAAAUUGCAUUCAAAUCAGGACAGUUUAUAAAGAACAACACUCAGAAAACCGGGGAAUUCCAGACAGAAAACAAUCAGGGUCAGCUAACACCUCCCAACAAAGGAUUCCCUCAAGGCAGGAAGCAGCCAGGCUUUGAAGCUGCAAGGCCAUCCAAUGGUAGCCAGUUUCAACAUUCACACUUGCCUCAAACACAGACAAGAGAUCUUUCUCCCAUACUGGAGAUUAUUCCACAGAUAUAUAAACACAACUUGCCUAGUUUCCAAAAGACUUCACAACCUCUGAAGAUGCCUGCCAUAGAUGUGGGUGAAAUGUCAGGAGAGAAUGCUUCUGGAACAUGGCCAUACAGUCCAGAACACUCACAGCAACCCACUGUAGUAAUGCUUCUUCCCUUGUCCCAGGUUGGAUUUAAUUCCCAACUAUUCACAUUGGCAGGAAAGCCAAAGCCAGUCCUUUUUCUCCUUCAUUUGUUGGCUGAGAGAGUGAAACCUUCCUCUUUUCUUCCAAUUCUCCUUUGUUGUUUGUAUCCCACCCUCAAUCCUGUUACCUGGUUCCUUUUACCUUCUUUAGGUGUAUCUACACUGUAUAAUUAAUGCAGAUUGACACCCUUUUAUCCGCCAUCAGUCAGUGCUAUAGAAUAAUGGGAUUUGCAGUUUGACAAGGACCUAAACACUCUUUGGCAAGGAGGACUGAAGGCUUUGUGAGGUUGAACCAUGGAGGUUAAAACGGUGUUAAACUGCAUUAAUUUUACAGUGUAGACGCAGACUUGGUUCCCAUUUAGUUCCUUCUUUAUAUUUAUUUUUUGGAACCAUGUCCAUCUCUUCUAGGGAAAGAGAGCCAUCUCUUCUUAAAGCAAUAAUAAUUGUAAUUGCAAUGCUCAAAAGUGCCCUCAGGGUCACAGGAGGCCUUGGGGCAGGAAUGGGGAAAGUUGGGGGGCUUUGUCUUGCCCCCGAAAAGCGCUCCCCUUUCGGGUGCCCAGUGUCCCAUUUUGCACAAACCAUUGCUUUGGAUCCGCUACACACACAUAUAUAUAUACAUACAUAUAUUCGCACACAUAUGUAUGUAUUAUAUCUAUAUAUAGAUACAUAAACACACUACUUCCAGCAGGGUUGGGUCACCUGAGGUCAACUCCAGCCAGAUUCAAAACAUUGGAAAGAGAUGAAAAAGCAGUCUGUUCCAAGGGGGAGCGGCUCCCCCUUGAGGCCAUGGGAAGCACUGCAAGUCUGAUACAGAAGUCUCUUAUCUGUCCAUUCACAUUCCAGCCCUGCAGAGAUGACCUCGAAAUGCUUAAUAUAUAUAUAUAGAAUUGGCUGCAUUGACUUUUUUUCCUUUUUGGGGGGUAGGUAGGGUGCUAAUAUUUGACAUGUUGAAAUAAACAAUACAUGAAGUGACCAAACUGA